AUGCUGCCUUUCCUCCGUUCAGGCGACCAGAAGUCUCGCGACGGCCGCAAUGCACCGCUCUCCGACUUCAAGAUCGGCCCGUUCAAGAUCGCGAGCACCAGCUCGUCUCCCCGCAGCGAGUGCGAGUACACCGCUCUCACCUCGUCCACAGAGACCGCAGUCGACAUCCCUCUCUCGCAUCUGUCAUCACAACGGCGCGAUUCGUCGUGCUCGCUCGACCUUCACGGCUCGAUAUCCCCGCCUCCGGGCUACAACCCUCCUUCUUACUACUCGUCGCUGCUCGGCGGCACAUAUCGUCGCGCAAAGGGCUCCUCGCGCAGAUGCAAGCUCGUCACCAUCGCAGCCGUCGUGCUGCCAAUCCUCUACAUCUUCUGCUACAUCACUUUCCGUCCACCCAACUACAUCAUCCUUCCACCCGAGACCUACGUCGAUACGCUCAAGACCGCCUUAGGCCAGCACAUCCCCAACAAACAGGCUCGCGACGCUCUCGCCAACCAUCUCGCACACAUCAACCAGCCCUCUUCUCGUGUCGACGCCACAAAAGCCAACUCGGCUUCGGUCGUGCCACCCACCAUCUGGUCCUCGGAUGGCAAGCCUGCGCCCAAAUCGUGGUACGAAAAGUGGUCCCAGAUGGGCUUCGAGCCCAAAUUCCUCGACGAUGCAGGCGCCGAGGACUGGGUCCAGACGCACUACCACAACACCUCGGUCAAGCGCGCCUGGGACGCCAUGCCUCGCUUCAUCCUCAAGGCAGACCUCUUGAGGUAUCUUCUCAUGCUCGACGACGGAGGAACCUGGUCCGACAUGGACACUGUCCCCCUCAUGCACCGUGCCAACUGGACCAAGGACGCCGUGCCUCUGUCCGCCUUGCGUCCAAAGUCCUCGGGGCUCUUCGGCAGGGCCACCGCUUUGCCGCUGGGUCCUGCAUCUGAUGUCGAUGAUGUCGCUCCAAAACCGGUGCGCGCCAUCAUCGGCAUCGAGAACGAUCCCAACGAGAAUAGAGAUCCCCGCAACUUUUUCGAGCGCUGGCGCCUGCUUCCCAUGCGCCGCCAUCGUCCACUGCAGUUCGUGCAGUGGACAUUGCAUGUGGCGCCCAACCACCCCAUCAUGCUUGACGUCGUCCGCCGCAUCCUCGAGGCCAACGAGGUCUACAGUGCCUACGAGAUCGAGCAGCAACGCGAUGCACACGCCGACGGCUGGGGCUGGGGAGACCUCCACGCCGACGCCAAGGCGAAGCAGGCGCACGCCAGAGAGGCGCAUGGCGUCAGUCCCUGGAACGCCGUCUCCAUGUCGUGGAAGUGGCAGGCGGGUCACUGGCGAUGGGGCUGGGACACACUUUCCGUCGAAGAAUGGACGGGCCCAGCUGUCUUUACUGAUGCCGUGGUGAGCUAUCUCUAUGCUGCGGCACGUGUGCGUCCCGAGGAUCUGUCGCUGCUCAAACAGCCCGUCCAGAUCCGCGACGUUGUCAUCGUACCCUCCUCGGGAUUCAACCCCGGCUCGCAUACAAAGGACGGCAUCAGCAGGCUCGUCCACCUCUUCCGCGGGUCCUGGAAAGGGUAG